AGCCAACAGGGAAGCCCCAGUGGGAAGGAGAAGGUGUUAGGCAGAUGGUGUUGUUCCCCUAAGGGAUGGGAGGUAAGAGGUCCCAGAUGUAGGUAUCCAAUCAGGAUGGAAGAGGCCAUGGCUGGAUGCUCAGUAGCUGGUGGUGCCUGCAGCACUGUGGCCAACAGCUCCGGAGCCCACGUGUAUCUGAACAGGACCCAGGGAGGCUGUGUGUUGUUUCACGCGGCCCGGGAGGCAGGAGCUGAGCUCAAGGAGAUCUCGUGGGGCUUCGGCCCUGAGUCCGACUACAGAGUCAUCCUGACAGUCUGCUCUAGCACAGACCCCCCCACCUGGGUCAGCCUGCAGGACAAGUAUGAGCAGAGGGUCCACGUGCCCAACAUGACGUCCCUGAGGAUCGACAACCUGACCCCCGGGGACAGCGGGCAGUACCGGGCUCGGAUCAGCUUCACCGGAGGAAAAGAAUUUAACAUGAAUUUCCACCUCACUGUCUAUGCACCCGUGCCCCUUCCCCAGAUCUGGGUCACUUCCUCAUCCAUCACAGCAGGCUGGUGCAAUGUCACCCUGGAGUGCAGGGCCCAGGGGGCCAUGGAGGACCUGAAGGUGACCUGGGAGAGCAAAGGCCUCCCCGAGGAGCUGGAGCAGAGAGGGACCCCGGGACCAGCCCCCAACUCGUGGACCCUGGAUCUGAGCCUGCCCCUGAGCCAGCCCAACCCCAGGCUCACCUGUGUGCUGAGCAACCCGCUUGACCAGAAAACUGCCACCACAGACCUUGGGGCCAUCUGUGUCCCUGCAGAUUCCCAUGCAGUGACUGGUCCUGGCCUCCUGGCACACCUCCUAAGGGCUGUCAUAGCUGUGCUGUUCUUCCUGGGGGCUGGACUGUGCCUUUGGAAGACCCGUGACAAGAAGCAGAAGAUGGAGCCUGGGAGAGGUGCAGGAUUGCAGGAGGAGCACAGGGACCACCAUGGUGGCAUCCACUGGGCAGAGCUGAGCCGCUAGGAGUCACAAGAGGGCAGGGUCGAGGUGAGAGCUGGGAUCGGUGCCCUGUCUGGGGACCUAUUAACUAUUAACUGAGAGAAUUUACACCUGCGGCCAGUGGAGCGCUGUGGCCUCUGUGGAAUCACAUGCAGUGCGUGCCAGCAGCUUGGCUCCAUGUGGCUCCCUCUGCGUCUGUCCCUCAGCUCCCCCAGGAGGCCUCUGGGCUCCAUUGCCAGGGUACCAGGGGGCAACAUCUGGAAGAAAAGUGGCCUCCCAAUCCUGUUUAUGAUGAGGAGCAGAACACAGGCCAGCCAUGAAGAUAACUUAUUUGGAGGAAGUGGGGAAAUCUGGCGAUCAUGGGAUGCCUCCAUGCUGAUCCUGACAUCCUUCAGACACCUGCUUCAUCCAGCUCUGGUCCAGCGCCUGCUGCUCUGCUGUGACCCUUGUGACUUCACCUCCACAAGGAAAGGAAGCAUACUUUAACAGCCUAUGACAGACCAAGUUUGGUCCUGGUCAUUUUACAAAUGCUAUUAAUUCUUACAAGCAUCUUCUAGGGUAGGUAUUUAUUCAUCAUUUUAUAGGACAGAUGACUAUGGUCCCCAGAUUAUAACUUAUGGCAGAGAAAAACCUUACAUCCCACCCUAAUGAUUUCAGUGUUCACAUUUUAUCAGUUCUCUACAUGGUCACUGGAAAUCUUGGAAUCCUGGAAUAUUCCGAUGGGCAUUUCCUCCAUUUAUUACUCUUCAUAGGAGCCUGGUCUCUGAUCAGGAGCCCCAAGUUGGGCUGAGCUCACUGGUGAUGGAUCAGCUGGUGGUUGAGAGACAAAUCAGCUCUUAAGAGGACCAUGUGUCUUGUUGGAUGGGAUACCUGCAGUGGACUGGCCUGGAAUAGCUGGACCUUGUUCUCUGGUACAGAUUAGAUGUUCCAAGAAGACGAGUUUCUCCUUCUUUGGUCUUCUAGAAGUUUCUUCCUCUGUGUACAAGGUGUGGUGUGGCUUUCGGCAUCACCCUCUUCAAGCCAGCUCCUCUGGCAUUAUUAUUCAACACUCUGAUCAAUACCAGGCUUUACAUAAGUGUCACAUUUAAACCUUCAGUAAUUUUGCGAGGCCGAAGUACAGAUGGAAAAAUACUGAAAAAUUCCAUUGUACAGACGGAAAAAUAAAAUCCAGAAAUGUUAAACACCUCA